UUUUGCCACCAUAAUUCCUCAAUAAUACUCUGUCACCUACAGUUACUGUUGGAUUUCUUGUCAAUUUGUCGUACUGGGCUUUUGACUUUAAUUGGGCUUCCUUAUUUGCUUCGUCCGCGGCUUCCCAUGCUUUCCUCAAUGAGAUUACUAGUUUUUGCUUGAAUUCAGAUAAAUCAGUUAAGGCUAUUGGGUCGUGAACUCUGGGAUCUAGAAUUUGGUCUACACAGAAAAUUGGAUCCCUACCGAACAUUAAAAAGAAAGGUGUUUCUCCUGUUGAAGCAUGAAUUGAUGUGUUAUAGCAAAAGCUGGCUAUGUCUACAAAUUCAUCAAAAUCGGGCUGUUCCUUAUUUAUAUACUUGGCAAGAAUGUUAUGGAAUGUUCUAAAAGAGCGUUCAGUGACUGCAUUGCCUUGGGACCAGUGUGGAAUUGCAUAGCUCUUAUUUAUAUACAACAUAGAGCAGAAGUUUCUGAAAAAUUCGCUAGUGAAUGCCGUGGCAUUAUCUGUAAUCAGUUCAAUACAUCCGCCAAAUCUUAGAU